UAUUAUUUCUUUCCUCUCUCUCUGGGUAAAAAUACUUAGCUAGUACAAUGGCUUCUGCUGCUUUGAAAGAUGAACUAGAUAUCGUGAUACCAACAAUAAGAAACUUGGAUUUCUUGGAAAUGUGGAGGCCUUUCUUUGAACCAUACCAUCUUAUCAUCGUUCAAGAUGGUGAUCCUUCAAAGACCAUUAAGGUCCCUGAUGGCUUUGAUUAUGAACUAUACAAUCGCAAUGAUAUUAACAAGAUCUUGGGUCCUAGGUCCUCUUGCAUUUCCUUCAAGGACUCUGCUUGCCGCUGCUUCGGUUACAUGGUGUCCAAGAAGAAGUAUAUCUACACCAUUGAUGAUGAUUGCUUUGUUGCAAAGGACCCAAGUGGGCAAGACAUCAACGCGCUGGAGCAGCACAUAAAGAACCUUUUGUGCCCAUCUACUCCCAAUUUCUUCAACACUUUGUAUGACCCUUUUAGGGAUGGCGCUGAUUUUGUGCGUGGAUACCCUUUCAGCCUUAGGGAGGGCGUGCCAACAGCAGUGUCUCAUGGCCUGUGGCUCAACAUCCCUGAUUAUGAUGCACCUACACAGCUCGUCAAGCCUCUCGAGAGGAACACCAGGUACGUUGAUAUGGUGUUGACAAUCCCAAAGGGCACCCUUUUCCCAAUGUGUGGUAUGAAUCUGGCAUUUGACCGUGAGCUUAUCGGCCCAGCAAUGUACUUUGGACUCAUGGGAGAUGGCCAGCCCAUUGGACGUUAUGAUGAUAUGUGGGCUGGUUGGUGCUGCAAGGUAAUUUGUGAUCACUUGGGAUUGGGAAUCAAGACUGGAUUACCCUACAUCUAUCACAGCAAGGCUAGCAAUCCCUUUGUGAACUUGAAGAAGGAAUACCUCGGCAUUUUCUGGCAAGAAGAAAUCAUUCCUUUCUUCCAGUCACAUACUUUCUCCAAAGACUGUACUUCUGUGCAAAAGUGCUAUGUGGAACUGUCUAAGCAGGUCAAAGAAAAGCUCGGUAAAGUAGACCCCUAUUUUCUGAAGCUUGCAGAUGCGAUGGUCACGUGGAUUGAAGCUUGGGAUAUGCUCAACCCUGCUAAUAAAGACUCUGCUAAACUUCCUACUGGUUCUUCAAAAUGAAAUUUUCAAUAUCAUUAAUUAUGAUUAAAUGCGAUUAGCAGAUCACGUGUUAUAAUCAAAUAAUAGGCACCGACUAAGGUUUGGAUUGUCUUCCCAUGAGCGUAGUGAUAUAAGCCUGCCUGGAUGUUUACUUUGUAGUAAUAAUAGUUUUCUUUUGAGUUUACUUAUUUGAUUUUGUCAAUUGUAUUACUUAGUUGAUUUGUCAAUUGUAUCCUUCUCAUACUUUAUUUUUGGUCUAGGUUUAGCGAUAUUUCGACUUGUAUGUUGAUAAUAUCAAUGGAUGUAGUCCUCUUUUAUUACGUUCUUGUAAAAUGUAAUGAGCCAUAAUGUAAGUUUUCUACUCUGGUUAUGUACACUUAUAUAUGCUAAUGGUGCAUUUUCCCUG